CCUUUGACGACGACAGGAGGCUCAGCACAGGACAGGAAGAACAGCGAGGACAAGACCGUCUCCACUUACACGGCCCUUCAGUUUCGGCCCGCAAAAGAGCGACCUCUCCGGCAAUCGCACGGCACUGCGCUCAACGAACAGCGACGACAGAGUCUAACCCUGCUGGGAUGCGUAUGUGGAAAGCCUGAGGUAGCGGCUUUCUUGCAUCUUCCAACAGAGCGCCAACGAGGCCGCCCCUCCUUAUCCACACAAGCUUGCUCCCCCCUGUUCAUGGCCACCCUCGGCCAGCACGAUAGCAAGGACCACAACAUGACCUACCCAGAGCCGCCUCAUUACCCCACAACCACCAUGGACCUUGGUCUUCCGCCCGAGCCAUAUAGUGCCUAUUCGCGGUCAUCUCACGACUACCCGACGACGAUGGGAUAUGAUAACGGAGCCGUGUACUCGGAGGCACCCUACAUGUACAGCAGCGGGAGGGCCUCGCCAGGCAUGUGCCCAGACGACAACGACGUUGCGCGCGGACCGGCUUCAGAUUUCAGCGUCGCGAGCGCAUCGUCGUCCAACAUGGGCUCACCACUGUCGAGUCACGGCCAGAUGGCGCCGAUCCACGAGUGGGCCACCGGGCCCAACGGACUUGGCGUAACCCCGGGCAUCGUCGACCAGAGCGACUAUUUCCCCGGCGACUACUCCAUCACGCCCGGGGGUAUCGACCCCUUCCAGCCUUCCUACGAUUUCGCGCCCGCCAAACCGCCAGGAUUUGUUGGUGAGUUAUCACAGAUCCCUAGGUCUCAUAUUUCUUCUGGACGCGCUCAUCGCGCCUCCCUUUCCUCUUGUCUCUCUUCCGAUUCCGGUUCGACGAUUGUUCCCCUCAACAAACAACCGAGUCCUGGCCUGGCUCUCGACACCCGCCUGGCCCAGCAGGCCUCGAUGGCUGCAUCCCUGGCAUCUUCUUCUUCUUCAGCCGCCUCUUCAGGUCUUCUUUUGACGCCGCCGAGCACUUCUGCUUCCUCGCUCUCUUGUUUUCGCGCAGCCUGGAGCAGCCCGCCCGUGGGCGGCGGCUCACCAGCUCGCCCCAGCACCCCCAGCACCCGUCUCGCUACUCCUUUCUUUUCUCAAUCCAGCGGCCAUUUCGUUCCUCCUCUCGAGACUUAUCCCUCAAUGAUACAUCCAGAGAGCAUGAGGCCCAUGGCCAUGCCGUAUGAGUCUUCUUACCCGCCGCCGCCCAACCCUGGAUUCUCUACUUCGCCAGCACUCUCGGUUUCACCGUCGCCGCAGCUCAGGAACGGCAGCACCUCUCCCUUUAUGCCACAUCACAACAACUACCAGCCAUACUCACCAUUCCAGCCGCCCCUCAACCAGCAAAGGCGCCCCUCGUAUCCAGCUACCACCCCCGGCGAGCAGCCGUAUAGCGGCGAUGAGUCGAGGGAAAAGCAGCGCUGUCCGCACCCGGACUGCGGCAAAGCGUUCAAGGACCUCAAGGCGCAUAUGCUCACACACCAGACCGAAAGACCUGAGAAGUGCCCCAUAACAACAUGCGAAUAUCAUAUCAAAGGCUUCGCAAGAAAGUAUGACAAGAAUCGCCAUACUCUCACACAUUACAAGGGCACCAUGGUGUGCGGCUUCUGCCCGGGGUCCGGAUCCGCGGCGGAGAAGUCAUUCAACCGCGCCGACGUGUUCAAGAGGCACCUGACUGCGGUACAUGGGGUUGAGCAAACACCGCCCAACAGCCGGAAGAAGGCCUCGGGAGGUAGCAGCAACGGCAAUGCGAAGCUCACCGGGUACGCGCCCGACGCGACAGGCAAGUGCUCGACUUGCUCGCAGACCUUCGGCAACGCACAAGACUUCUACGAGCAUCUGGACGACUGCGUGCUCCGCAUCGUGCAGCAGGAGGACCCUGCCGAGGCGAUCAACGCGCAGCGGCUGGCCGAGGUCGAGAACGACAGGGAAGUACACAACACGCUCGAGAAAAACCACCUGCCGACCACAACCGUGGUUACAACCACCGAGGAUGCGGAGGACGAGGACGAGAACAUGGACGACGACGAGUUCGACGAUGAGUCCAAGGGCGGUCGGAGCGGCAAAGCCUUGGUCGCGUCUCCCACCAAGCGGGCAAAAGGGGGCAACAACCCGCCGAACGGCGUCCAAAAAUCACGGGGCCUCACCCACUCCCGCGGAGGCGUUCCUCUCCAUACCAAAAGCCGGAGCCGCAAGAACCGGCGCGACUACCCUUCGUCAUGGGGCUUCGACAAGGGCCAAAUGACCAUGAAGAAGCGGGUGUUGGCCGUCUUUGACGGGCCGCGGCGUCUGGCCAAGGACGACAUGAUGCUGUCAACCGAGCAAGAAGUCCGCAUCAAGCUCCAGGACGGCAAGUCCUACAUCACCGACCUCGACAUGCAGACGCUCAAACGCGCCGAGGGCUUCCUCAACGCUACCGACGAGGAGAAGGGCCCGUGGAUCUCGGAUGAUCCGACCGAUGAGCAACUCAAGCAGAUGCUCGGGUAUAGUGCGACUUCCCAGGCGGCUGCCGCAGCCGCGUAAUUCAGCUGGCGAAGCCGGCUGGCUCUCGAACUGAUGAUACCCUCCCCAACCUCCUCACCUGUCAUUAUAUAAUACAUACCACCCACCCUGUACUUUUAUUCUCCUCUCCUUUUACCUUCCGGCGAACCACACUGGAAACGGGCUGGAUUGCA